AUGAACAAAUGUAAGAAGCCUGUUGAACAGGCUACAAACCUUGAAAAGUUCAGCCCCAAAAUUCUUUCUGAAGUUGAGCAGCUCUUUGCAAAGAAGUUUACUUACACUAAGCCAGUGAAUAAUGAAUGGCAGCUACCUGAUCCCAGUGAUGCUUUUACAUGUGACCACAAGGAAUUCCACUCACUCCUGGCACUGAAGGACUCGAUGAAUGAAGUGAAGAAUCAACUGAGUGAUAAGAACCUAGAGGAAUGGCAUCAGCACACCUCGUUUACCAAUAAAGCGGGGAAAAUAAUUCCUCACUUGAAGAAGUCUGUGAAUGCUGAGCUGUGUACCCAGGCCUGGUGCAAGUUUCAUGAGAUUCUGUGCAGUUUUCCUCUUCUCCCUGAAGAAGCUCUUCAGGAUGGAGAACUGAAUUCUGUUCACCUCUGUGAAGCACCUGGAGCUUUUAUAGCGAGCCUCAAUCACUACUUGAAAUCCCACCGUGUCCCUUGCGACUGGAAUUGGGUAGCUAAUACUCUAAACCCAUACCAUGAAGCAAAUGACACCCUUACGAUGAUCAUGGAUGACCGUCUUAUAGCAAAUACAUUGCCUUGGUGGUACUUUGGUCCAGAUAACACUGGUGAUGUGAUGACGUUGAAACAUCUAACAGGACUUCAGAACUUUGUAAGUCAUAUGGCCACAGUUCACUUGGUAACUGCUGAUGGCAGCUUUGAUUGCCAGGGAAACCCGGGUGAACAGGAGGCUCUCGUCUCGCCCCUUCACUACUGUGAAGCAGUCACUGCUUUAAUGAUCCUGGGCACCGGAGGAUCCUUUGUUUUGAAGAUGUUCACGCUGUUUGAACACUGUUCUACCAAUCUGCUCUUUCUGCUAAACUGCUGUUUUGAGGAGGUCCAUGUCUUUAAGCCAGCCACUAGCAAAGCUGGAAACUCAGAAGCCUAUGUGAUUUGUCUUCGUUAUAUGGGCAGAGAAAGCAUUCAUCUGCUGCUUUCUAAGAUGAUACAGAACUUUGGGACAGAAAUGGUCAACAAAGCACUUUUUCCCCAGCAUAUGCUGCCAGAAUCUUUUCUUAAAGUACAUGAAGAGUGUUGCAUGUUCUUCCAUAAGUGCCAGGUAGAGACUAUCUCUGAGAACAUCCAUCUCUUUGAGCACAUGGAAGAAGUGGAGCGGAUGAAACUGAACGAGUUAAGAGACUGUGCAGUAGAACUCUUCAUGCAGAGACUUCACAUGAAACCCAUUGCCAGAAAUAACUGGCUCGUCAAGAAAUCUCAGACUGGUUGCAGCAUGAAUGCAAAAUGGUUUGGGCAAAGAAAUAAAUAUUUUAGUACGUACAAUGAGAGGAAGAUGCUGGAAACACUCACGUGGAAUGAUAAAGUGGCAAAGGGCUACUUUAAUCACUGGGCUGAAGAACAUAGUUUAAAUAUUGCUGGUAAAAUGUGCCUCUUGGAAGGCUCGUCUUCUGACCUUGAGUGUAGCUUGUGGUACGUUUUGGAAGGAAAAAGACUACCAGUGGUAAAAUGUUCUCCGUUUUGUGAUGGUCAGGUGUUGGAAAAUCUUAACGAAGCUAUGAAUGAAUUGGUGGUGGGGAGACUGAGAAGCAGGCAGUUGCAGACUUGUCACUCCUGUGAAGUUCUUCCCGGGGAACUGAUACUGGCAGAAGUGUCUGAUCUUUCCAGGUCUCAUCAGGAAGUCUUAAAUGUAAGAUGUAGUGACCAGUUCAAGUGCCUUGUGGUGGACUUUCCAUCCCUCUCUGGUACUGAAAGCCAACCUGGUAUGGAAGUAAAGCUCUUGGGUUCUGCUACACUGAUGACUUUCAGCUUCUCUCUGCUUUACGAUGGAGAACCGAAGUACCAGCAGCAACUUUUGGAGUCUGUUCUGCAUUCAUUGAAUCAGCUUACAGUGGGAGAUGCGUUGGUUUUGCCUAUUCUCUCUUGUUUUACACGCUUCACAGCCAGCCUGGUCUUUAUACUGCACUGCUGUUUCACAGGCAUCACGUUUGCUUGUCCGACCUCCCACGAGCCUCUAAGGACUAGUGCCGCUUUGCUGUGUGUCGGUUACCGAGGCCUCCCAAAUCCAGUUGUUGAAUACCUGCAGCACCUGAAUAAGCUAAUGAACUCCUUGCUAGACACGGACUCUCCCCAGCAGGUUUUGCAGUUUGUGCCCAUGGAGGUUCUCCUCCAGGGCAAGCUGUUGGAGUUCUUGUGGGAUUUAAACACAGCCGUUGCAAAGAGACAACUCCACUUGAUUGUGCAAACUAAGCAGCAGCAAAUGACUGGCAGUAUUUCACCUUAA